CAGCCCAGGCUGGCCAGGCGGUGGCGAAGGCGGCGGUGGCGGCCGGCAUGGGCGAUGGGGGCGCCGAGCGCGACCGAGGCCCCGCACGCCGGGAGUCUCGGGGCGGGCGUGGCGGAGACCGCGGCGGAGCUGAGGACUCGAGCGCUAAUGCCGGCGGCCGCAGCCCAAAGGAAAUUGCUGGGACCUCCGCCUCCAGCCCCGCGGGCUCGAGGGAGAGCGGCGCCGACAGCGACGGGCAGCCCGGGCUCGGCGAGGCAGACCACUGCCGCCGCAUCCUGGUGCGAGAUGCCAAAGGAACCAUCCGGGAAAUUGUCCUGCCCAAGGGCCUGGACCUGGACCGGCCCAAGCGGACCCGCACAUCCUUCACAGCUGAGCAGCUGUACCGCCUGGAGAUGGAGUUUCAGCGCUGCCAGUACGUGGUGGGCCGUGAGCGCACUGAGCUGGCCCGUCAGUUGAACCUCUCAGAAACCCAGGUGAAGGUCUGGUUCCAGAACCGGCGCACCAAGCAGAAGAAAGACCAGAGCAGAGACCUGGAGAAGCGGGCGUCCUCCUCGGCCUCCAAGGCCUUCGCCACCUCCAACAUCCUGCGGCUGCUGGAGCAGGGCCGGCUGCUG